GGACUUUCACUAUGCAGCCAAUUAAUCAACAGAAUCAGUCUAGCCUAGUGACUGUUCCUGUCUGAAAUAUAUUCAGCAUGCAGGUUUUCCUUGGGAUAAUGAUGGUGUGUGGAUACUUGGACAUGGUGGGCAGUGAAGGUUGUGUGCUGGCAUCUGACUACAUCUGUAAGGUCCUGCCACAGAGCUUUCCUCCUGGCCUGUCCUCCAUCGUCAUCUUAGUUAGCAAUUUGAGGGAAAUAAAUUCCAGUAUGUUCAGUGGUGAAACACUGGAAUCUGUGAGCAGUCUAACAAUAGCAAAUGCUGGAAUUACUACAGUCUCCACAGGUGCAUUCCAGUCAUUCUGCCAGCUAAAGAAGCUUAGCUUGUACCAGAAUAAUCUCUCCCAGAUCAGUGUGUCAUGGUUCUGCCAGCCAGCCAAUUUGGAAAACCUCACCCUAUUCCAGAACGACAUAGAAAUUUUGGAAGAACACAGUCUGACUGGCCUCUCUGGUCUCACAAGCCUGAACUUGGCUAACAACAAGAUCUACACCAUUGCCCUCAGAAGCUUUUACACACAGAAUAGGCUUGCUCAUUUGGACCUCUCUGGAAACAAACUGACCCGUUUGAGCCCGGAGACAUACCUCCCACUGCACUCAACACAGAUGCGGCUGGAGGGGAACCCAUGGGACUGUUCCUGUGAAGUGAAAGACUUUGUACUUUUCCUUAAAGGUAUGAUUAAUGCCUCACUGCUUGAAAAUGGGAUGGAGGUGACUUGUGAGACCCCUGCACUGCUGAAAGGUCAAAAUGUACAGAAUGUGUCUGAUUGCAUUCCCAGCUCCAGAUAUAUCUUAAAUGAGGAAGUAUUGCUACAAAUUGUCCUAACAGUCAUAGGAUUCCUGGGGGCCCUCUGUAUCCUAUUGUGUGUUGCCUGUCCUCUUUACAAGAUGAAACAAAAGCCAAAAAAGGUGGAACCAGAUCUCGAAAGUCCUGGUAACAACAGUAUCCUCGAAGAAAAAGGAACACAAAAACAAUCUAAAAGUUGGGACUGUAAACAGGGUGCAUGGCCACUGAGGGAUAGCAGGAUAAGGGGCAGAGCACAGUCUGUUGGUGCUGAGCUUUCCACGUGCAAGUUCUCUUACCAGAGCUUUAAAACAGAGAACGAUGGAUGUCCAGGCCAGUUAGAAUUACACGAGAAGAAAGGACACUAUGUUAACAUGUCUGAAAUGGACAACACUGAACAGGACACAGGAGGACAAAUUUUGGCGAGCAUGUCUCCACAAGUGACAGAAAAUCUACCUUAUCUCAGCAUUGGCACCAACCCAGUCAACUGUAGUCCUGGGUGCCCAGAGGAUCAUCAUGGUGAUAACAUGGGUCGAGGCCUUAGGAAAGAAAUCAGGAGGAUAUCAACAUGGCCAAUCACAUUUGAUCAGUGGAGAGAGAAACAUACGAUUGAAGACAAAAUCUUCAGGCUCUUCCCUAAUACUACAGACAGAAACAAAAUUAUUUGUGACUUAGAAUGUAUGGAUGGUUUUGAACGGGAAGAUUUUUUCUUGGAAAGCCCCCCAAGAGAUAGUGUUAAUGGAGUAUUUCCAAGGGCAGACAGAGGGUUUGCUGCUGAGGAAGAUGACUGCUCUGCAAUCAAAACUGCCACCUUGGAAGGUGACACAGUGCUACUUUGUUUGAAUGAAGAGCCAAUUACACAAAGUCAUGCUUGCUCAUACCAGGUCAGCACUAGGAAGUCUAAUUUUCCAGGUCAGAAAUGGAACCAACUUGAACCACAUGAUGAACAUGAUAAAGCUUAUGGCCCAUCACUGAAGCUUGGCUGUGAAUGGGAAAUGGAAAGAGAGACACAAGCCACUCAUGGAAUGGCACGGGAAGUGGGGUGUCUCUGUAGCAGUGGGGUUUCUCUAGCUUCACAUUCUAGGAGCUCUCCACAGGACCCACAGGAUGAGAACCUCCUACAGGGUAAUGAGUAUGCCUUCAUUGAUCUGUUGCAUGAGGUGGUCCAAAACCAGGGCCGUUGGACUCGUGAUCGAUGGAAACAGACACAUCUGAAUAAGCACAGGAAACCGAGCCAUACCCAUUAGUUUCCAGGACAGUACUCCAAGUGACACACUCAACGAAAAGGCACUAAAAAGGCAGCUCAAUAAAGUUAAUUUGUCAGCUGGAAAAGACAACAUGUUUUGAAUUCUUUUCUCCACCAUGUAUAAGUUCCACAAUGUAAGAUUUCAGUGUGGUGGAACAUCUAAGGAACAAUUCAAUCAAAGUAGAUACUCAUGAAGCAAGUAAAAGUAAUUUAAGUAAUGCAUAUGCGAAAUUUAGAAUAUACCAUUCUGGUUACUGGAACUCACAAACUACAAAAUUUUAAAUGUAUUCAUUUUUGUUUCUUCAGUGGCUAAUGCAUAAUAUUGUAUUGUUAACUUAAUAAAGUUCAAUCUUAAUAAAUCUGA